AUGAACGUUAGUAAAAGGGUGCUUGAAGAGAUUCAGAACACCACAAAUGUGGAUUCUACUCCCAGAAAACGAAGACUGUCGCUAGGAUUCGAUAUGGUAAGUGGCAUAGGCGAGUCUCCUAAAGCUAAAUCAAUAAAAUCGCCCUCUUCACCAGUUUCUAUGAUCUCGUCAAAAAUACCUCCACCACCAGCACACCCUUCUACUUCAAUGAACGAAAUAUCAGAACAAAAUUCAAAGAAGGUGACUGGAAUCCCGAGGUCUAGGCUGUCGGUGAACUCGGGUGAAGUUGAUUUACUGCACGUAAAACGACUUGCAAAGUACAAUAAAAGCUUAGUGCCUGAAUCCUCUGUCCCACAUUCACCUUCAUCUCCAUUUCCUUCAUUCCAAUCUGAUUCUCUUAGAUCUAGAAUGACUAAACUUGAAUCAACAUAUACAAAUGAUAUUACUUCACUUCAAGAAACUUCUAAAGUACUUGCCAAUCAAAUAAGCUCUUCCAUGGAAACCUCCCAAUCUCUCCAAACUGACUUAUUAGAAUUGAAACGAGAAAUGAAGAAACUCAGUAAGCAAAUAUCCACAACUCAGCUAUCAAUCGUUUCCAAAAAUAAGGAAUUUGAAAUCUUGGAAGAUCAGAUCAUGAAAAAUGUACACCAUAAAGAGAAACUUGUAAAUAUUCAAAUUGAGCAACUUCUGAACAAUUUAAGAGAUUCUUUAGAAGAAUUGGAAUUUCAAAUGCAAGAAGAGAAAAAGGUUGCUAGAAACUUUAAGGAACAGGGCACCGUAGAACAAAUUCAAAGACUAAAUCGGGAUUGUGAAGCACUACAAAUACAAUUGGAUGAAACUGCCAAGAGGAAGCAGCAAGUGAUCAAGCAAGAGCUUGGAGAAUUAGACCGUAAAUUGGAUAAUUUUCUUAAGGAGAAAACUGCAAAAUCGAAAGAGUUGGGCGAGAAAUACGACUCAAAUCAGAAAAUAUUGGAAGAAGAGGUACUUGCAAAGCAUAAAAACCUAGAACAACAGGUUAAGGAAAAGGAAACGGAAUUGACUAGAAUUAAGGAAAGUAGGUCAAAUAUCGAAACAAAAAUAGAAAACUAUUCGUCGAUUAAGCAACUCUUAAAUUCCAAAAAGGAUCAAGUAAUGCAUACGUUGUCGACCGUAUUGAAUAAAAGAGAAGAAUGGGAAAGCAAAAUGAACCGAGUGAGAAAAUCUCAUGGCGAGUCAUUAGACAGGUAUUUAAAUCAGGAGAAUAACAAGAGAAAAUUGGAGAAUUCAAUUUGGGAUUACGAAGGAAAGCUAAGAGUUUUCGUAAGUGAAAGCGAUGAUAAACAUAACAGUUUGUUGAAUUCUUUUUCAUUUAAUAAAGUAUUUAAAUCAGAUCAAAAUCUGUUGAUCAUUGAUUAUGUCACAUCAGUUGUUGAUUGUAUCUUGCUUGGUAAUGACUGUUCUGUGAUAAUUUCCGGUGCUGGGCAACCCAACGCUCUCGAAAAUACAAUAAAGCAAAACUAUAAUGCAAUCAAGAAGAAAUCUGAAGCAAUUUUAGGAUGGAGUUUCAAUUUUCAAUUGAGCGAAAAUAUGUCCUAUUCUGACAGCCAUUCACUUCCAUGCCAUACAGAUUCAAUUGAACAAUUGCUACAGUCGUCGAGCUCCAAUUGUUAUACACUACUAGUUAACGCUCAUGACUCGUCUGGCGCUACAUUUAAAGCUGCUGUUUUUUACCUUGAUAUAACUUCACUUCCAUACCUUCGUCAGUGCAACAUCCUUCGGGAGCCUCUUCUUCCAUCUUUUCAAGGAAAUAAUUCAGUCCCAAGUUCUACUUUACCUCAGACAAAGCUAGUCAGCUUUAUGUACAAGAAAACAAAGUUCUUAAAUAUCUCUUCAAUGCCAGAAGAGGAAGAAAAUGUCAAGCAAAUAGUGGAAGUGUGCGAUAUGUUGAACAACACCGAUUCCUCUUACAAGGUUAGCAAUUGUCUUGCACUGACAUAG